AUGCGCCGCUCCACCCGCUCUCGCCCCGUUCCCCUCGCACAGCUCGACGACCUAGUCGCCUCUGUAGAAAACUCCGCUCAGGCCGUCCCCUACCACCCCGGCGCCAACCCCUUCGCUGUUCUCGAAGAUGGCGUUCCCGGCCCGGUUGAGCUUGAAGUCCUCCCGCACGUAGCUCCACCGCAGGAAGACUUCCCCGAGAUGCCCGCCUCCCCCGCCGGUGGCAGCGCCAAGCUCGUCAAGUUCAGCCUGGCGGACUUGUCGCCGACCGCCCAAGCCAAAUGGACGAAGCAUCGCCGCGACAGCUCGCGUUCUCCGACGCCGAAAUCCACCAGGAAAGCCACCCCCUUCAGGGUCAUCUCGGCCCCCUCCGCGGACGUCUUUAAGGACGACCCGUUCAGCCCCAAGGUACAAGGCCCGAUCCCCGCUCAUGAUGAUGAAGCCCUCGCCGCUGACUUAGUGCGGCCCUCACCCACUAAACAAGCCCCUACCGUUGAACCCCGCCCACCCAAGAGAGGCAUCGAGACCAUCACCCCGGACACCCCCAACCCACGCGCCGCCAAAGGGAAGCAACCCCUAUACCCCAGAACGCCGAAACGCUAUCGCCCCGAUGAAGAAGACGACAACGACGUCUACGAAGACGACAGAGAAAGCGAAUACGGGCCCCCGUUCAUCCUUGUCUACCCCGGCGACGCUGCUUACCCUGGCGUCUGGGCCCGCGACACCGACGAACCCGUGUCUAUGGACUCGGACCAGUACGGCGAUUGGCUCGACUAUCACCCUGAGGUCGGACCACCCACCAACGACAUGGUAGACUUCGACCGCGCCCGUGCAGCUCAAGUCCACCACUACAGAUCCGUCGCCGGCUUCCCGCCCCCGCCGAAUCCUGACGACCCAUACCAAUCAGACGCCGAGGAAGUCCCCUACGUUGAGGUACCCAAACACUUCUUCACCUGGGUUCGCCGCGGCGACCCCGCCUGGCCUGGGAUCUGGGCUCCGAAAGGUGCUGACGCCAUCCGCCUCGACCCAGACGAUUACGAGUUCUGGCCCAGGUUUAACGAACGUCUUAAGACGGAGCCGCUCCUCCGACCGCCCCACCACCGUCGUAGGAUACGCGUCGAGGAUGUCCGCCUGAUCACCAACCCCGACGACGCUUGGAAUAUGAAGUUCGACAAAGCCGCCCCGAAGACCCCGCCACGCCCUCCGCAACAAGCCCCGCAGCCUCAAGGAUUCGCAACUUUCGCCGAAGUCCUCCGCGCUGCGGCAUCAGCCGAAGCCAACGCCCAUGAGGUUGAUCCGACGGCUACGACCCAGGCCCCCGUCACACCUCCACUCGAGCAGCCCCGCCCCUUCGCUUUCACACACAGACCGCCGCCCUUCCCCAGCACGGCGGGACCCUCUACCAACCACCGCGCCCAACCUCAACCCGCCCACACGGUCGAACCCCUCGAUCGGCCCGACGUCGAAAUGCGCUCCGACUCUCCCCCCUUGCCGCCACCGCCGCCGCCGCCGCCUCCUCCCGCUACCCCACCAGCGCCUGUACCGCCCGCACCUGUACCACCCGCGCCAAAUGCACAAGCGCCGACCGCCGCCGCCCCUCCCGCCGGUGACCUACCCCUUACCUUCACCUUCCAACCACUCCCUCCGCCCCACACUCUCGGCAGUACCGCUGCCCCAGCCGCUAUCGUCGACUGGCAAUUCCUUUGGCCCACGGUAGACGACCCGAUCCUAGGUGAUGGCCGUGCCCGUGCCGACCCCCUCAACCCCAUGCGCGGCCUCACCCCCGACAUGCAGUCCGUCGCUUGGGAGCUAGGCAGCAACCACACGGCCAUGUUCGUGUCUAUCCUGGGCCUCGGCGUCAGCAACACCGCCGCCACCAACUCAGCCUUUGAUCGCAUCCGAAUUCCCCUUCGCCUCGCCUACAACUCGCCCAACCUCGAGAUCGCCUCCCCUCAACGCCUAUACAACGCCCCGAUCCGUGUAUCCCACGCAGCGAUCCUGCACGGUCUCACCAAACCCGAACACGACGCCAUCCUGGCCCUCGGCACGUACUUACGAUUCAACGACAACGGCACCCGACGUAUCAUCAUUCUCGAACCGAUCAUCCCCUCCGCCGAUCGCCCGACCCUCCUCGGCCUCUUCCAACACUUCUCAGUCAACCCCAGGGAUAAUAUUGUCGCCCUCUUCAAUCUUUUCGGCGCCCGCACCCAAGCCUCUCCCGCCUUCCAGGCUCUGCCCCUCCAAGUACGCAACCGUCUCGUCUCCACAUUCCGUAUCAAUGUCGACGACACGCUCGGACCCGGGGGUCACCUGACCCCAACCGUCCAAGUCUACGGCGUCCUCCCGAUGGACGACCUCGCCCUCACCACGACUUUCCUCACAGCCUGGCGGGCGAUCAACUUCUCCGACACCUUAAUCGGUGCUGCAACGUUGAUCGAAGCCCACUGUGGUCAAUGCUAUUCUCAGGACCACCCCUCGGGCCGAUGCCGAGCCGCACCACUUGUAUCCGACGAGCCACCGCCCGCGAACGGCCCUCCUCCGCCCCCGGCCCCCCCGCCAGCGCCGGCGCCUGCCAUGCAGCCGAUCACGACUAACAACCCCUUCGCCAACAUCAAUAACCGUGGUAACGGUCGAGGCCGCGGCGGAAACAGAGGUGGAAGGGGUCGCGGCGGUGCGUCCCGGGGAAGGGGCCAUUAA